CACCCUAGGAUGCUGUUGGCCUUCUGGGCCACAAGGACACACUGCUGGCUGAUGGCCAACCUGUUGCCAAUCAGCACAUUCAGGUCCUCUCUACAGAGCUCCUCUCCAGUAGGUCAGCCCCUCACCUUUAUUGCUGCAGGAGGUUAUUCUUCCCUACGUGUAGCACUCUGCAUUCCUCUUUAGGUUUCUCAUCAGGUUCCUCUUCUUCCAACUCUCCAGCCUGUCCAGAGCUCAUUGAAUGGCAGCACAGCCUUCUGGUGUAUCAGCCACUCCUUCCAGCUUUGUAUCAUUAGCAACCUUGCUGAGAGUGGACUGCAUCCCUUCAUCCAGAUCAUUGACAAAGAUGUUGAACAAGAGCAGGCUCUUCCCUGUGGAGAACAUCAUUAGCUACAGGCCUCAGACUAGACUUUGUGCUGGUGAUCAUGAUUCUCUAAGAUACUCAUGAGAGACACAGAUUGUCAUCUUUUUUUCCAGUGAUGUAAGAUUUUGAUGGACAUUAUUUUAUCAAAACGUUAUAAACUGUAACUUCUUACUUUUAAGGCAAUGUAGCAAUAGGGUUUGGGAUAGAGAUAAAAUGACAUGCAGUGAUAAUGUUAAUAAUCUUGCAUUGUGUGAUAUUCAAGAGAAUACAUUGUAAUUUGAAAACUAAUUGGCAAAUGUGCAUGUAAAAGUUCUGGCAUGCAGGAACACAAGUUAUUUGUGUAAGGAGUUCAACGGGGCUAAUAAUAUCUGAAGGUUUUCAUGGGCAGCUAGAUGCUAGUGUAACCAGAGGCUUAUCAAGUCUGUUUGAAGAUGGAGGAGCUGAGAAAGAAAAGAAAGGAAUAAUGUCUUCUGGGAAACAAGAAAUCUAUUUUCUAUGUGUAGAGGAAGAACCAUAAAAACUUACUGGCCUUUGAAAGUCAGUGCAGGAGAAUACUUUUCUGCAUUUAUACUGUAAUGUAAAGUAAAUUCUGCUCUUCCAGUAAAGUAAUGUAACUACAGCUUUUAUAUGAACACAUCUUAGUAGUCAAAAUGACACAGUUUCCUCAGAUUCUCUCACAACCUCCUAGCUCUGUACUUGCUUCCCUUAUUCAAGGAAUAUAUAUUUUUCCCCACUGCACACUGAAGUACGUAAAUACGUUAUAUAGCUAAAUCUGCAAAGUAUGGUUUUGAUCAGAUUUUUAUGGUCUAGUGGCAGUGCAGAACAAACAGACUUAGGAGUCCUCUUCUGCUUCUGGGGACUCAUCUCAGCCCCCUGAAGUUUACCCAUAGAGUGCAAGCCUGAGUUUUUUUCACAGAACCACAGAAUGGUUGAAGGAACUUCUGUAGAUCAUCUAGUCCAAAGCCCCACUGAAGCAGGGACACAGUCCAUGGAACGAUGAUAGAUGACACAGUACCAGAAGCACAAAAUCCAGAACCACGUCCAGGUGGAUUUUUAAGAUGUCCAAGGAGGAAACUCCACAGCCACUCUGGGCAACCUUUGCUGGUGCUCCAUCACCUGCACAGUAUAGAAGUGCCCUCUGAUGUUCUGACAGAACCGCUUGUGUUCCAGUUUGUGUCUGGCACUGGAUAUCACUGACAGGAGCCUGGAUCCAUUCUCUUUGCAUCCUGUCUUUAGUUAUUAUACACAUUGAUGAGGUCCCCCCUAAGCCUCCUUUUCUAGAGGCUGAACGGUUCCAGCCCUCUCAGCUUCUUCACACAGGAGAGAUGCCCCAGUUCCUUCAUCAUUCAAUUAGAUCUCAGUAGGACUGCUCACAACCCUCUUCUACCAGUACUACAAUCACUAACACGUGGAUUAGCAACGACAUAUUUCCUUCCUAAUUUAACAGCUCCAUCUAAGUAAGUACUUUGGGGCUUAAAAUAGGAAGUACAGAAUGCAGUUACAGGCAGCUGCUUUCCCUGAAAGGGUGUGGUCUGCUUCUUAGAAAUUGGCAUUUCAGUGUAUAGCAGGGAAGCAGCUGGUUGCUGCAUCAGAAGAUUCUCAUACUGCUGGGGAAGCUGAACAGUAAGGGUCAUCCAUCAGGUUUUAUCAUCUGCCUCACAGACAACUCUGGAUGCAGAAGCUCCACAACAAGACAAAAGAAGAGUGGGCAAUGAAAACAUUUUUUUUAAUAAAAACCUGUGUUCAAAGGACAGUAUGAAGAUGAAAGGGUUUUUCAUCUUUUUGCUAAAUCUGUCAUUGGCCUUCAGUGACCAAGCCAUUAAUGAAAGCGUUCCGAUGGAGAGCUUGAGGUGCCACAAUGACUACAGCUCACUCGUGACGUGCACAUGGAAGGAACACUCCGAGGCUCAUGCCCUCCUUGGUUUGACUCUGUACCAAAGGAAUGUUAUUAAAAAUGACAGUGAGGAAAUGCAUUGUCAAAAGGAGCUGGAAGAAGACUUACCUGAGGCUUCAGGCCCCUACAGCCAUUGGAUUUGUUGGAAAACAGUAGAACAUUUUGGAAUAGGGGUGGAUGACUAUUACAGCUUCAAACCCAAGCAGAAUCUUGAAGCACAACUACAAGUUCAUCUUUUCCAAAAUGUUCAGCCUCUUCCCCCUCAGAACCUCUCAGUCCGAGAAAGUUCAGGGGACUUCUUGCUGACCUGGACAGCACCUGAUGGAAGCCAAGGGCUGAGCAAUGCGUUGGAGUAUGAAGUUGCUUACAAGCGGGACUGGGAGUCCUGGGAGAAGGCUGCUUCCCGCCUGCUCUCCAACACCACUCAUUGCCAUCUCAGCCACCUCAUCCCAGGGAGCAGAUACAUCGCCCGUGUGCGAGCCAGACCGGAGCAGGGCACAGGUUUCUCCGGGCAAUACAGCGAGUGGAGCACAGAUGUGUCCUGGGAGACCCCCGAAGGUGGCAUUCAUCCCAGGAACCUUCGAUGCCUCUUCAAUGGUGUGUAUCUGAAGUGCAACUGGGAAGUGAAGGAAGCGAUUGCUAGCUCUGUCAUCUUUGGCUUGUUCUUCAGGGCCACUCCAACAUCAGCGGAAGAGGAGUGCUCUCCCGUGUAUGAGAAGGCUUUGCCCCAUGUCCCAUAUGUGGUGCAGAGCUGUGGGAUCCCUGUUAGCAACAUCAGCAGUCAGAGCCAGUACCAAGUGUCUGUGCGGACCAAGAUGGAGGAGAAACUGAUAGAAGCCUACAAGAACAUUAAGGUGCUGCCACCUGCAAAUGUGUCUGUGGAACUGAUGAGAAAUCAGGAGUAUGAACUGAGGUGGAAAAAACACACUUUACAGCAUGAUUCCAUAAAACAGCAGUACGAAGUCCAGUUCUGGAAGCACAACCAGUAUGAAAAAACCAUGAAGAGCAUAAAAAUUACCAAUGAUGAACCUCCCUUCAUCUUCACUGAUCAGAUGUUGUCAGCGUCUACCAAAUACAGGGGAAGAAUGCGUGCAAUGGUGAAUAACCAGGAUUAUCAAGGAUACUGGAGUGGAUGGAGUGAGGAGUUCACCUGGGAAACUGAGAAUGUUCUUUCACCAGUGGUUCUCCCAUUGAUGCUGCCAGUUCUCAUCAUCACUUUGCUCGCUGUUGCUUACUGCAGCUUUAAGUACUUACUCAGGCAGAAGAAGCUGUGGGAGGAAAAGAUUCCAAACCCCAGCAAGAGUCUGCUGAUCCAGAGCUACUUGAAGAAAGUUGCCCUAGGAAACAGGCAUGCAAGCAGCCAGCUGGACUUCAACAAAUGCAGCCUUGUGGAGAACGUGGAUCAGUCUAGCUUCCUUCAAGAUAUGGACAGGCAGACGAAGAUUUUGGCGGAGUCCUCUGAAGUGCAGACUGAAAGGACAGAGGUUUCUUCUCCUGCAUUGGACCUACAGAACCCAUACCAUGCUUUACAUGUGCCAGAGCAUGCCCCAGUUGUCUGCCCAAGUCCAAUUUCUGGCUAUUCAUAUUCUGUUUCAAGGACAAACUGUGCUGACACAAGUAUAACUUCCCAGACAGCAACCACUUGCUUUGCUUUCAAUGGCCCAUACUUGUACAGCCCAGUGAGGUCUUCUCAGCCUGAGAUGCAUCAGACCCUGGAGGUGAGCUUGAAUCCAAUGGGAAAACAGGAGAAAGCAGUGUCCCUGCAGUACGUGACCCUUCCAGACAAAGCCAGCCCCCAGGCUGCACAGAGGCAGGAGCAGCCGGGAGCAGGUCCUCUGCAGCCCUUCCUGCUCCCAGAGCAGAAGGAAGCGACGCAGUACGUCAACAAGAAGGAAGUUUCAACACUUCCCUCCACCUGUGGGAAAAGCACAGACAUGAGAACAGAAGAGCAGAAAUGUCCAGAGGCUCCUGGCUGUCCGGCAUUCCUUCAGCAGUGCCCCUUGGAGUACAUCACCACAGACAGCCUGUCACUGCCAUCAGCCAGCGGCACCACACACCUGAUACUUGCCCUUGCUGGGGGGAAACCCUGUGAUACACAGGAGCCCCAGCAGGCCAUUGAGCUGUUCAAAAGCCUCAAAUCAGAUGAUUAUUUCUCCUGGCAGCAAUCUUUGAGGAUCACAGAAAAUCUGUUAAAGGAGUAAAUAUCAAUGAAUAGCAAGGCUAAGAGUAGUUGGAAGAGAUGGCAGCUAUCUGUUAAAAACGAUCUCUGCAAGCUAGGAGCAAAUAAACCAUUCCUUUUUUCUAUUUUCCAGUGCAGUGUGUUGAAAGGCAUGGCUUGAUCUCAUCCUCAAUAACCUUUGCAAUUUUGUCAUGAAAGGCAAUCUAAAUAUUGCCAUGUUGAGAGAUAUGGUGUUUUUUGAACUUUUUGGCUUAACAUGGAGACGUUACUGAAUAUAUAUAUUGUAGGAGGAAUUCCCAAGGACUCACUCAGUACAAUAAAAGGAGUGGAAUGGGCCAGUAAAAGAGAACAAGACGAGAGAAAAGAUAUGGAGGUGCAGAAGCCUGUGUCUGUUGGGGUUUUUCCAUUUUUGUAUGUUAAAAUAUAAAAUGAUUUUCUUUUAAGUUCAUUGGAUGUUUAUGCAUGAUAUAAUUCAUCUUAACUAUGUGACGUGUUCUUUUCUUUUUGUCUUCUUUCUUUCUAAGCUGUAUUGGAAAAGAGGAACCACUUUUUUACUUAUUCUGUUUCUGUAAAGAAAGUGUUGCAAGAUAGGAGCACAGAAUUGCCACUCUGUGAUUAGUAAAAGGCUUUGGUUUUAGAUCUGAAGAUAGACUUGCAAUUCCAAAUAUAUAUAUAAUUUAAUCUAAUAAAAUAUAUUAUUUCUUCUUACAAA